CCUUCGAGGAGCAUAUCCGGGAGAAGGGUAAUGCGCGCCUAUGACGAAACUUCCCAGCCGAUUCAAUUCUCUAUCACUUGUCCGCAGCCCGUCUCUGGGCCUUCUUCACGUCGCGCACGCUGCACGGCACCUCCCCGCGCUGCUAACCGCGUUCGUGCUUCAAGGCGGGCUGGAAGGACCCUCACACCCGAGCAGGCACGAUCCGCCGUUCGCGGUGCAUCUUGUGCUCGAGCUCGUCAAGCUUGCGGCGACUGCCGGGUGGUUGUAUGUGCAGGAGAAGUGGGUGGCCAAGAGCAAGGCAAAGAACGAGGAGCCCCUGGUGCUGCAGGCGCGCGGCGAAGAAGAGACGACAGCCGUGGAAAGUGUGUGGGGGAGGAGGCAGAAGUGGGUCGUGGGGGCUCUGGUCGGCGGGUUGUUCUUCGUCCACCACCUUUUGCUGCAAGCGCGCACGGCAUACUCGAAUCAAGUCACGCUGAACAUCGUCGACGCGCUGCCGAUUCUGUUCAUCAUCCUCCACCAAUUCGUGCCUUUGCGGAAGGGAACGCCGCUGACACACAUAACGAGCGCGCUCUUGCAGAUUGUCGCGCUUUGCCUGCUUGCAGCCGUCUCCUCGCUCUUCUCCCUCGCGCCGUUUGUGCUAUACACCCUUAAUGCCGACUUCCACCGUCUCAACCGGUUCAUCUUCCUCAGUUCCUCUGUCACUGCGUUCAUCGGCGUCGUCGCCUAUCCAGCAAAAAACACGAAUCUUCCCACCCCGCUCGCUGCCCCGCGACUGGGUAGCCGCAUUUGUCGGCGUGCUACGGACCGGCUGUGGUACCACAACUCAGAAUGGGACGCUCGCGGAGGGGACGGCGGACAUGAGAAGGGAGGAACAGGUUGUGCUGCAAGAGGCACAGUGGUCAAAAAGGUGGUGAAGAUAGGCAAUGAUAAUUCACGACAAUCCAAGAAAAAUAGAAUUAUAGGCAAAUUGGGCGUGCCUUCAAGUUCCUUGCGGAAUACUUCAGCGCUCUCAGGAUUCUGA